AUGGAUUCCAGUCGCAACAGCAGCUCUAAAAAGCCGCCAGAUGAGGAUGGAGACGCGUAUGAGCGUUUCGCGCUCAUCAGAGCUGGCAUACUGGGUUUGGUUUUUGUGCUUGCAGCAUGCGGCAAUCUUUUCUUCUUGGGCACACUUUGGAAGAAGCGAAAAAGAAACACACGGACCCAGGUGUUCCUGUUGCACCUGUGCUUGGCGGAUCUGGUGGUCGCCUUUUUCCAAGUCCUACCGCAGUUUCUCAUGGAAAUUACGCACAGGUUCCGAGGCACGGACUUCCUGUGCCGGUCCGUAAAAUACCUACAGGUGGUCGGGAUGUUUGGCUCUACGUACAUGAUCGUGGCCAUGACCAUAGACCGGUAUAAUGCAGUGUGUAAGCCGAUGGUUUCCUUCCUGAAGGGCUCGUUUAGGAGAUACCUCUCCAUAGGCGCAGCGUGGCUCAUCUCUCUCGCCUUCAGCUCCCCUCAGAUCUCCAUCUUCUCUCUCAAGGAGGUGGAGGAGAACCAGUAUGACUGCUGGGCUACAUUUAUUGAACCGUGGGGGAGCAGGAUCUACAUCACCUGGAUCACUCUGUCAGUGUUUGCCCUGCCUGCAGUCAUUGUGCUCUAUUGCCAGAUAAGAAUAUGCACAACCAUCUACUUCAACAUGAAGAGGAAGGCGCUGCAGGCAGGGCGCGCGGGCACGAGGGGGGUGUCCAACGCCAUGCUGAAGACUGUGAAAAUGACUUUUGUCAUUAUAAUGACAUACACAGUGUGUUGGAGCCCAUUCUUUGUUGUCCAGUUAUGGUCUGUGUGGAGCCCCAGCACUGCGCCUACUCAAGGUCCAGUGUUUGCCAUCAUCAUGCUGCUGGCCAGCCUCAACAGCUGCACCAACCCCUGGAUAUAUCUUUACUAUAGCUAA